UGAGUUUCAGCCAACAGUGAUUCGGUUCAACUGGUAGUUUGAACUUUGAAGGAGAGUUAUGGAAGCUGAUAACACCCAGACGACUCCAAAACCAUCGUCGUUGAGAUGGAAAAUCCUUCGGCAAGCCCUUCUUUGUCGUCCUACUCCGCAAAAUUCUGAUGAGAUUCUUAACCGUAUUUCACGGAGAACAACACACGGAUUCAACUUAAUCCCCCGCCAAUUACUCGACAAAGAUUCCACCUCUGGAGAUUCACGCGUAUGUUACACACUUCCUGUCGCUGGCUCUCCCAAACUCUUUCUCACCCAAAGAGUGGACAACCAUGCUGACCUUGGUGAUUUUGAGAUUUGUAAUAGAUAUAAUAUUGAUAAUACUGGAAUUGUAUGUCUAUGGCCAUCAGAAGAUGUUCUUGCCUUUUUCCGCUUGUCAAAUGCAGAAAUGUUCAGGUCUAAAAGAGUUAUUGAGCUUGGAUCAGGCUAUGGCUUAGCUGGACUAGUUAUUGCAGCAACCACGGAGGCAUUAGAAGUUGUCAUAUCUGAUGGGAAUCCUCAGGUAGUUGAUUAUAUUCAGCUUAACAUAGAUUCUAAUUCUGGAGUAUUUGGUGGCACACGAGUGAAGUCUAUGACACUGCACUGGAACCAGGAAGAUCUUUCAGAUUUAUUCAACUCUUUUGAUGUAAUUGUUGCAAGUGACUGCACUUUCUUUAAAGAAUUCCAUAAAGAUCUUGCUCGAGUAGUAAAACUCUUGUUGAAAAAUAUGGGACUCUCAGAAGCUAUUUUUUUCAGCCCUAAAAGAGGUGACUCGCUGGUUAAGUUUUUAGAAGAAAUUGAAGAAGCUGGGUUGCGUUUUAGCAUAACAGAGAAUUACAACGAAGAAGUUUGGAAGUGUCAUCAGAUGUUCAUAAACGGAGAUGAAUCCUGGCCUAACUACAGUAAAGAUCAUUGCUUCCCAUUAUUGGUCAGAAUUACACUAUGAACACUUUGAACCUAGUCCUCAUUAUUUUCUGCUCAUAGUUCAGGCUUAGAAGCACUUCUUAGGGAAACUUCAUAUUUAGUUGACCUAAGUGAAUUGGAGGGCAUGAGUGGGUGGAAAUCCAAUUGUAAAGACACUAUUUCUACAUAAAAGGGUCCCGUAGUAGGUCCUACAGAUUCAUGGUUUGCAAAGUGGAUGUUGUUUUUUAUUGAUCAAUUUUAUUGUGGUUUUGUUUUUAGGGUUAA